AUGAACAAAAACUAUGAGUUCGAGUAUUAUCAAAAUUUAAUGCAAAAGGAACUAAAAGAAUAUGAAACACAUUCUGAUAUAUCGUGUAAAAUAGGCUAUAGCGACUCAGAAUCGGAAGGAGUUGCGUCCAUAAAAGAGGUACCUUACUAUUCGUACAACAACAGCUUGAAAAAUUAUAAAAAAGAAAAAUUAGAAAAACCUGUGUGGAAAAGUCUUUACGAUAUUGAGGAGACAGCAAAAGAUUCGUACUCAGAUUAUGAAUAUUCUAAGAAUGAUAAAUCGGAAAGCGAAAUUGAAUCUCCCAGAUUUGGAAAUUCGUCUGAGGAUGAAAAGGGAAAAGAAGUAGAUGGGCUGAAUGGUGAAGAUGAGCAGAAUGAAGAAGACAAGUUGUAUGAAAAAGAUGAGCUGAAUGGAGGAGAUGAACCAUAUGAAAUGAAUGAGCGGUAUGAAGAAGGAGAGCAUAAGGAGGAAACGGCAAGGAUAAAAAAUUUUGUUAAUGGAGUUAAUAAUUCUGAAAACUUUUUCGCAUUUGAUAAAAUAAAUGAUGAAUUAAAAAAUUCAAAAUCUAAUGACCCAUUUGGUAAUUUUUCAAAUAAGGAGAACAUUUCCAUUUCUAGUAGUAUUAAUUAUAACUUUAGAGAAGAAUUAGAAAACAAUAUGUAUAACAAUUUAAGUAUGUUUAAAAGUAUAAAAAAUAGGUAUGAUGAUACAACUAAACAUUUUAUGAAACCGAAAACGUGUAAAGAUAUCAAUGGUAUAUAUUACGAUGUAAGUGAUGAAAAGGUGGAUAUUGAUUUAUUAAAAAGAGAACAUGAAAAAUUAAAGAAAGGACAUAUAUUAGAGAAGUUAAGUACUUCUGAAUAUGAUUACCUUACUCGCGGAAACUCUUCAAAUAGUCAUUAUAGGAAUGUACAGUAUACAAGUGCUAAAAAUAGUAGUAAAUUAAAAAAAGGGGUGCUAGAUGAUAACACUCUGAAGAAAAUAUCCAAAAAUUUUGGUAUUUCAUCUGAUAAUAGCACAUCAGACACAUUUGACCAAAUAUUGGUGGAUCAAAACAUUGCUUAUAAGGGUAAGAAGUUGCAUGAAAGGAAAAUUACGGAUUAUAGUAAUUCUGUGAAGAAAAAAAAUACCAGGUUGAGAAAAAUAGCAAACAGAGGCGUUGAACAAGUGGAAAAAGAGGUAGAGGAGGAGGAAGAAGAGGAGGAAGAGGAGGAGGAAGAAGAGGAAGAGGAAGAAGAAGAGGAAGAGGAAGAAGAAGAGGAAGAGGAAGAGGAAGAAGAAGAGGAAGAGGAAGAAGAAGAGGAAGAGGAGGAGGAAGAAGAAGAGGAAGAGGAAGAAGACGAGGGAGAAGAAAAAAAUGAGGAAGAAGAGGACGCACAGAAAAACACAGAUAUAAAAGAAGAUGAAGAUAAAGAAGAAGAAGAACAACAUAACAAAGUGGGUGGCAAUACGGAGGAAGAGGAUGAAGGAAAUGAGGAAGAAGAUAAUGCCGUCUUAGAAAAUUCGAAAUGUAAAAGGAAUACAAAUAAAGCAGCUUCAAAAAUACGCACUGAUAAUAUUAAUAGUAAGAAUAUACCCAAUUUCCAAAAGAAGAAUAACGAAACAAAAAAAAGAAAUAGUAAUAAAAAAAAAAUUGCAAAAGACAAAGUCUUUACAUGUAAAAAAAUAACAGAAAUUAUUGAUGAAAAGAAUUCUAGCGAAAGGGUAACAACCAGUAGUACAACAAGUGAGAGUAACGAUGAAAUUAUUAGUUAUAUACAUAAUAAGAAUAUAAUAAUAAACAAAACAGAAACGGAAAAACAAAAUGAUUUAGUGAAUGAGCAGAUUGCAAAAGAAAUGAAUUUUGAAUGGUGGAAGCCUAAUGAAAAAACGGUUCACACACAAAUGGAAAAUCUUCAAAACAUGAAAGAAGAUAUAGAUAAUAAAUUAAAUAAUGAAAAGAGAGUAAUAAAAUCAGAAAAGGAAAUUUUGAAUAAAGAGAGAAUAUUAAAUCGUUAUGAAAUACCAAAAGAUAUUUCUUAUUAUGUAGAAAAGUAUCAAAAGAGAAAAGAGGAACACGACAAAAAUAGUAGCAAUGUACAUAUAAAUGUUAACAACGAUGCAAAUAGAAAAGAAGUUGUUAAUGAAUCUGAAAAUAUCCUUGCUCAUAACAACACGAACGAUAUUUUAAGUGAAAAAAAGGAUUUAUUUAAUACACGUAAUUCGGAAAACAAAAAUCAAGAUAUAGAAGCGGAAAAGGGGUUAGAGCAUCUUUACCAUGAUCGAUUUAACAGAUAUGAUGAUUCAUUGAAAGUACCAAAUAAUAGAACGACAAUACAAGAUUGUAAUAAAGAAAUGAUUCCAAUUUCAACUAAUGAUCAAGUAGAUUCGUUAAAAAGUUGUAAUAUUAUCGACGAAUUUUUUUCUGAUAAACCUAAAAUAAAAAAUGAUGUGAAUUAUGAAAACGGUGCAAACAUAAAUAAUAGCAAUACCUUUUUAAAGGAAGAGAAGGUUCCCUAUAUUAAUAGUAUAAAUAUGAAUCAAAUAAGCAAUUCAAAUAAUACAUGCGAGGUGCAUAAUAAUUCAUUCUUUAAUAAUGAUCAUAAAAAUAAAGGAAAGGAUUUAUUAGGUAUACCUCGAAAUAUGUUACAGAAUGAAAUUUGUAAUGGUCAAAUUAGUGGUGAUACAUAUACCAUUUAUGAUAAAAUUUACGACAGUAUUUACGAUCAGAUAAAUAACUAUUCGGAAAAAAACAAUGAAGAGUGUUUUAAUAAGAGUACAGAAAAUAACAACAAUGAGAAGAAUUUGCCAUUUUUCCAAAACAUUGACGAAAGUAAAGAAAAUUGUAUGUAUAUAAAGGAAAAGGGUGAUACGAGAAUAUACUCUGAUGAAGAAAAAAAUGAGAAGAUUAAGAUGUUUUUGAAAUAUUUAAAAUGCAUCGAUGACAAUUCCUUAACGAAAGUUUUUGAACACAUUGUUCAGAGAGAAAAUGACGAUAAAUUGAAAAAGCAGUUGGAAAUGUAUUUAAUAGGAAAGAAGAACAUAAACAAGAUUGAAAAUAACGAGUGUGAACAAGAAACUAGACAUAUUUUAAGGUCUAAUCAAAAUACGCAGACAACCGAUAAACACUUUAAAAAUGAAGAAAUACAGACAAGUAUUAAGGACACAAAUAAAUCGGACAGUUGUAUGCAAACUGAGAUAAAUGAUAUAAAUAAUAAAUUAUACGUACAAAACGAUAUGAUAAGCAAAAAGACCAGUAUAGAUUCUAUAUUUUUUAGGAAUCUAAGUAAGGAUUCUUACCCAUUAGAUGUUGAUAAUUGUGCAGUUAAGAAUUCACACGUCGAAUCGAAAGAAAGAAAAUAUUUUGCUUCCGAUAGGAAUGAUGAUUUAAAUAAUGAUGAAUAUAAUGAAUUGAAAAAGAUAAAUGAUUUGAAAGCAAAAAUUUUGGAAAAAAUAAAAUCAUGCUAUGAGAAUACUAAUGAAAAUAAUGAUGAAGCAGCGGCUAUAUUAAUGUUGCAGGAUAAAAAAGAAUUUAAAAAUAACAGUAAUUCUUGUAGAAUUUAUGAUAAUAAUACUUGUAAUAGUAGGAGUGUGGAAAAAAGGAGAAGUAACAAUAGUAGUAAGAAUAGCAGUAGUCAUAUAGAUAACAACCGUAACAAUGGAAAUAUCAGUGGCAAGAGCAACAAAAGUGUGAGCACUCUGGAAACACUUGAAUCGAUGAAGUCAUUUGAAAAAGAAAUGAAUUUGCUAAUAUCGCAUAAUGAAAGAUUAAAAAGAAGAAUAGAAAAAUUAUACGAAGAAAAGGAAAAAAUAAAAAACGAUUAUAAAAAAAUUGAAAAAAUAAAGGAAAGUCAAGAUAACUUGUUUUUAGCAACAGAAAAACACAUUGAAAAGUUACAUGGGGAGUUAGAUAAUUUGUCUAAACAAAAUGAGAGUAUGAAAGGUGAUAUAAAAAAAAAAAAAAUGAAAAUAAUAGCUCUGGAAUCGCAAAUAGAUGAGAGUAACACUAAUAAUGAUGUGAAUGACAGUGAUGAUCUUACGUUAAAGCGACAUACACAUAUGAUAAAAGAUGAACUUACUUAUAUAGAUAUAAAUAACAGAUUAGACGAAUUUAAAGGACAAAUAAUAGAUAAAAAAAAGAUUAAAACACAGAUAGAUCAACUGCAAAAGCAAUUACAUAUUCUGAAAGAUGAAAUUAAAAAAACAGAGUUUUUAAAAUUAGAAAAUGAGGAAUUAAAAAAAUUAUUAACUAUGAAGAAUUCUAAUAUUAAUGAUUAUGAAAAAAGCACGAUGAAAUUAGAAAAGCAUAUAGAAAAAUUAAAUGAACACAAUUUACGCAUAUAUAAGGAAAAUUUUAAUCUAUGCGAAAAUAUUGUCAUGUUGAAGAAAGAGAAUACAACAGUACCAUAUUCUAGUGAAGAAAUACAUGAUAAACCUACGAAUAUAGAGAAGGAGCUGCAUGCAGAUGGUGCAAGCAUUCAAACAAUUGGCAGUAAAGUAAAUGAAAAAGGAGCAAGAGAUCUGCAAAAGCAUGGAAAUAUAAUAAAAAAACUGGAAAAAACUGUGGACUUGUUAAAUGAGCAAAAUUUUCAUCUGAAUGAAAAGAUAUGCGAUUUGAAGGAACAAAAUAUGAAGCUAAGAAAAACUGCUCUAUUGUCCAAUAAGGAAAAUGGUAAUAUACUUGAUAGUAAUAAACAUAUAGAAAUGAUACAAACUGAAACUGAAAAAAUAUAUAUAGAUAAAAUUAACUUAUUAAAAUGUAAUUUAGAAGCAAGCAAAAAUAAAAUAAACAUGUUAAAUAUUUUAUUAAAAACGUCCAAUAAUCAAACUACACAGUUAAAUAAGAAAGUUAAAUAUAUCAUAAAAGAGAACAAAACAUUGCAAAAAAAGUACGAAAAGUGCCUUACCUAUUUGGAAAAACUAAAAAUAAAAUAUGAUGAUGAAAUUUUAAAAGUAAAUUAUGAAAAGUCAGGAAUAUCUCUAUAUGAUUCAAAAGAUAUUAAUAACAAUAAAGACGAAGAGGCAAUACACAAAAUGAAUAAGAUUCAUGAUAUGCAACUACUCAAGGAAGGAGAACAUAUAAAUAUCCUAGAGCAUAAGUUAUAUGAAAAAGAUGAGAAAAGUACCGAAGUAUUCAACGAUACUAAGGAGGAAGGUAAUAUGGGUUCGAUUGUACAGAAGAGGAACAUAAAUGGAAAAUGUAGUACAGGUAUAGGCACUUUAGUAGGUAUAAAAGAAGAAAAUGAGGAUAAUAAGAAAAAGAAUAAAGAGGUGAGCAAACUGUUAAAAUUUAAUGACUUGAUAUCGAAUAAUGAAGACGAAAAUAUUUACCAAAACUGGCUGGACAGUGAGAAUAAAUAUGUUCACGUAAAUAAUAUUUUCGAAAUUGAUAGCAUAACAAAGGACUUGCAAAAUAUGUUUUGUAGUGAUACAGAAAACACGAGCAAAAAAUUACUUAAGGAUAGUAUGAGCGAUAAUGAUAACAGUAUUAUUAAUACUAGGGUUAAUACUCAGGAGGGGGUAAAAAAUAUAGAAAGCACUAAUAGCAUAUCAAAUGAAAGAAGUUUAAGGAAUAUAGAGAAAAGGUUUGUGUCCGACAAAAUAAAAAAAAUGAAUGAAAAUAUAAAUAAAUAUAUAGAUGAAAAGAAAAAUAAUAUAAAGAAUAUAUGUUACAAUGAUAAUUUUCCUUAUAGCAAAUCUCAUAUGAAGGAAGAUUAUCAAGGACAUUAUUCAGAUAUAGAUCCAAAAAAUAGAAUUAUAAAAGAACAAAAAGGGAACGAACAAGAUAUUAAUAGAAUGUACAAUAAUAAGACAGAUGGCAAUAUAAUUCCUAUGAACAGUGUAGAUCAAACAUACAACAAGAAGCAGUUAGGAAAUAUGAACAAUGCGGAUUACAAAAAUAAUACGAACAAUACAUACAGCAUGAAUAAUAGCAGUUAUAAUAACAGUUUAGCUAGGUCGACUAAUUCUUAUCACAUGUACAAGGAGAAUGUUGGAGAUAGCCUUAUUAAUAAUGAUAGUGAUAACUUCAAAAGUGUACUCAGAACAUACCAAAUAUAUGAUGAUAAAGAAGAUAUGCAAAUAAAAAAUAAUGGUUUAAAUAAUGAAUACCCAUUACAAAAAUGUAAUGCAACGAAUUUAGAAAAAACAAAUGAAAAUGAUGUUAAAUCUAAUGAUUAUAUGAACAAAUUACAUUUAUGUAAUGAAAACAACACGUCUGCUCAUAAUAAUAAUAAUCUAGUAAAUAAUUCAUUUAACAAUUAUAAGCUUAACUCAUCGGAAAAUAUGUAUAUUGCAUAUAAUAAACAAAAUGAUAUCACAAUAUAUGGUAAUCCUGAAUAUAGUAAUAGGAAUGCACCAGCUACUUCUCAAAACAUGAAUAAUGGAGUUGAGGCAAAUGAUAAAUAUCAAAAUGCGAAAAACGAAAAAAAAGGAGAGGCUUGGAUCAUUGACAUAAAGAAUAAUGAAAUAAUGCCUUAUAGAAAACUGCAGAGUACGAUUUUAACGGAGGAAGUGGAGAGGGGUACAGAAAAUAGAGGGAAAUACGGGGUAAAAGAUGGGAUAAAUAGGACAAAAAAUAAGGCAAAAAAUAGAGAGAAAAAUGGAAUGAAAAACUGGCUUCACCAAAAUAGGUAUAUGAAUAACCAUACAAAAUUGAAGCCACUAUUACACCAUAAAAAAUUUAGCAAGGGAUCUGCUUAUAAUAAUGGUAAAAAUAAAGACAAGCUGCAUUUACUAGUAAACAACAUUUCAAAGUUAGUUAAAGGAAAGAUAGAAGAAGAAUUAAAGAGUAAAAAUAUAUCAAAAGAUAUAUUAAAUUUUGAAAUAACUAAAAUAAAAAAAAAAAAAGCAGUUCCAAAUAGUAGUUUAAAAAAUAAAAGCCAAGAAACUACGAUUAUUUUAAGUGAUUCAAUGUCCUUAUCAUCUGGAACUUUAAAUAGCACUUUUGAAACAAUAGAUGAUCAUAAGAAUAAUCAGAUUACUCCUAACUUCUUGAGGAAUAUGCAGGAAAGUAAUUUGACAUUUAACACAGAUUGUGCUAGCAAUUUAUCAAAAAAUGGAAAGGGAAGGCAUGUAUAUAUAGGCAAAAAUAACAACUCAUUUGUUGAUCAUAAGGAUAGAGACGAUAAAAAUAAUUUUCAGUUGACUAAUAUGAACAAAUCUAUUAUAAAUGGUGGAACCUACGUAAAUGAAGCAAAUUACUUAUAUGGUGGAAGCUACUUAAAUAACGAUACAUUGUUGAAUAACUUCAUAGUAAAUAAAAAUUAUAUGCAAGACAUUGGAAGUUUAAAUGAAAACCUCUUUCUCAAUGAUCAAUCUGUACUACCAGAAGUUCCAUUAAACAAUAUAGGGGACAUUUAUUAUAAGCAGAAUUUGAGUUGUGAUUAUGUAGGUAAUGUACAAUUACAGCAUAAUAUUGAUUACCUUAAUUUUUCUGGUUUGAGUAACAAGAAUCAAUUAAACCAAAGUUCAUUAAGCAACAAUAGGAAUAAUUACAAGAGUAACAACAUAGUUGUGAAUGAAUAUAUAAACAUAAAAAAUAAUAGUACUAGUAGUAAUAAUAAUAAUAAUAAUGGUAGCAGUAGUAGUAAUACUAAUGUUAACAAUGGUAGUAAUAAUAACGAUGCGCUGAAUAGCUCUAUAAAAAAUAAGGCUGUCAAUGCUGAAGAAAACGCGAACAUAAUGAAUAGCAGAAAUAUAAGGAAAGACGAAGAAGCUUUUAUUGUGGAUGAAGACGUUAAUAAUAGUAUUGAAAAUACGAAUAACAAUUUGAACAUGAAUAUGGUGAUAAAUAACUACCAAGACAUUAAUAACAAUUUUAUAAAUGAUCCUGUAAGCAACGUGUAUGAUACGAACCAGUGCUUAUUAUACAACGGUGUUUUGAGUAACAAAAAUGGUAAAGAAGCUAGUACAAUCUUUGAUGUUGAUAAGAUGAACAAUUCUUACUUAUUCGACAUUAACACAAUAAAGCAAGGAAUGAUUCCCCCUUUUUAUGAUGAUGCCUCCUUGAAUUACAAUUUGAUAGACAGGAACGAUACGAAUGAUAUGAAUGAUACCAAUGAUGUGAAUGAUAUGGACGAAGGAAGUAAGGGGGGUUCUCUAGGUAACAAUUUAAACAGUAGCAGUAACAAAAAUGAUAAUAGCAGCAGUAGUAAUAAAAUCAUCGGUAAAAGUGAACAUAAUUUUAAGAAUGCUGAUGGCAGUAUUGCCUUUUUUCCGGAGUAUUGCGUUGAUAAGAACAUAUCUAAUAAAACACAAAAAGAGGUUAAAGUAUGUGAGAAGAUUAAUGUAAAUAAAAAAGGAAACAAUCAGUUAUUAAAGGAAAAUAUUGUGGACGAAAAACAUAAAACUCUAGAAAGAAAUACAAGGAGAUCUAAAUCUGUGGAUAUCAGAAGAUUCGAAACUAAGAACGAUUUAGCUAGUAAAGGAGAUUCUACGAGGAACAAGAUGAAAACACAAAUAUUUAAUUAUUCUGAUUAUAAGAAUAACGGAUUAAGAGAUAUGUCAACUUAUGCUGAUAAGGUGUUACAGGAUAUGAAAUCUUUGAUUCCCUCCAAUGUCAGCAAUUUAAUUAACAAGGCAAACCUAAAAGGUAAAACAGGCCGUUCUAUUACUAAAAUGGUUAGCAACAACAGUAACAUUAGUAGUAGCAAUAAUAGUAUUAGUAGCAGUCGUAGUAGUAGUUGUAACAGCUGUGGUAGCCGUGGAAGUUGCAAUAGCAAUACUUUCAAUAGUGCGAAUUAUAAAUUGUGCACGAAACAUGAACCAGGAAAAUUAAACAAAAAUAAGGAUAAAAUACAUAGCAACCAUGGAGGAACCCUCCUCAAAAGUACUUCAACCAAGAAUCUUUACCAAAAUUACAGAUACGAUGAAACGAAUAAUGUAUCAGAAAAUAUAAUGAACAAUAUAAAUAUAUUGGGACUGGAAAAAGGUGACUAUAUAAAUAAAUGCCCAUCUAUUAAUAAAAAUGAGACAAGAAUUAUCUACAAUGAUUCAAAUGAUAGUAAUAAUAAUAAUUAUUUAGUGGGGGAAGGUGUAAAUAAUAUUAUGAUAGGUAAAACCAACGAAAAUGCAUUAUUAUCAAGUAGGAAUUCUUCAAGCAAUAAUAAUGAAAAUAAUAUUAAAAAAAAUUUAAUGUCUAUGAAUGCAAAAAAUGGUGAACAUACAAGAUUAAAUGCUGGUAUAAAUAGUAAUAUAAACAAUAACAUGCAUUAUGAUUUGAACAAUUUUAAUUAUAAUUUGAAUAAAUUUGAAAAUAUCUUAAAAGAAGACCAAUUCAAGAAUUACUCAAAUAAUGCACAUAAUAUUAUAUAUAAACAGGUAAAUUCAAAUCAACAUUUGGUAAAGAAUUCGAUUAUUUUAAAUCGAAAAGAAGAAGGUAAUGCAUUUCAAUCUGAGACGCGCAGAUCUUUAAGUUGCUUUAGAGAAGCUUUAAAAAAACAAGGAAUUUUGGGUUGA